AUGGUUGAAAGAAUGAAAUUGACAAAAGGACCUAACUGGAAGGAAAUUUUCAUGCACCAUGAAUGGAAAAAUUAUGUAUUUUGGGGUAUAAUAAUGUUUUUAGCUGGUUUAACAGUUCGCGAUGUUUAUAAUUUGAUAGAUGAAUAUGCGGACGAUCCAAGAGACACAUCCUUUACGAUAAUUUUCAAUGAUUCGAUAACAAUGCCAAAUUUAACAUUUUGUAUGUCAAAGCCACAAGCACUUAGUCAUUUUAAUAAGCCAAAUUUCACUGAUAAAGCUGACGAUUGGGAUACAAUUGUACAAGCGAAUUUAGAAAAUAUGACUAAUCGAGAAACAUUUUUAAAUGAAAACUGGGAUUACCGAGUUGUUCUUGAAGCUUAUGAAGUUGUUUCAACGUUGAACUCAAUGGAACGUGAAACAAAUGGCCAUCGUUCGGCUCAAAUUAUAAAUAAAUUUAAAACGAAUCCAAAAUUACAAAUCAAACGUGAUCUUAUAAAUAGAAAUGUUACUUUCGCAGAAUUCACGCAAAAAGUCGGAAACGAAGUUUUAAAAAGAUCGCUUCAACGAUUCGUUCGGCAAACAUUCGACGAAGAGGAAAUUAUUCGUACUAAUCUUCGUAUUUCAUGGAUUUCACAGUUGCAAAUGUGUUUUCAACCGGAAUUCGAUAUAAACGAUUUUAAGCCGAUUGAGGAUCAGGGUAUAUUUUUUACAUUAAUGGUUUCACAUAAUGCCGAAAAUCUGAAUAAUUUAUAUCUGGAUUGUAUGUCAGUGGAUUUUCAUGGAAGACCUAGUUCGUUGAGUCGUUUUAUGCAAGGCAAAGGCCAAGUUUUGGAUGGAUAUAGCGAGGAUCUUUGUGUUGGUAUGAGGCAUGAAGUUUACGUUGAAGUAAGAGCGCGAUAUAAAAUGUUAGAGAAUGAUGAUGAAGGAACCGCAUGCCGAGAUCCGGACGAUAACGAGGAUACCGAAUUUAAUUGUCGAAGUCGUUGUCGAAUGAAUCUAAUUCGACAUAUUUGCCAAUGUACGCCUCUAUCGAUUUCAUAUUUAGUUAAGGAUGAGAAGGAAUUUCAACGAUAUCCAUUAUGUGAUUAUACGAAAUGUGAUAUCGAUGUGCAAAAUGGAAAUUUCGAUGAAUCCGAUUGUACGAGAGAAUGUCUUCGCGAUUGCACACAAAUUCGAUAUGAGGUCAAUCAUGAAGCGAAAGGUCGAAUGUCACGUUCAGAUUUAACAUUAAUAACACUUCAUUGGAAAUCAUUUGAAUAUUUGAAUCUGGAACAAUCACCAAAAUAUACGAUAACAACGUUUGCAUCAGCUGUCGGUGGUGCUAUUGGAGUUUGGCUUGGCCUUUCAGUUCUUAGUGUUUUUCAGGUUAAUCCAAUAAAAAACUAUUUAAAUUUUAUUCGCAAAUAUACCUACUGUACUUUAUAUAAUAAGCCCAAAAUUUCCGAUAACAAAUAUUGA